UGUUUAGGUUAGCUAGUAGUGCGAAAUGGUAGCAGCAUGUUCCCGCGUUAUGUUAAAUCUACGGUGUUUUGUUGCUUUGUGUCAAACUGAAACAUGAUAAAAACGGAGAGGGUUCUGCAUUUGAAGAGCAGCCGCGGGAGGAAGGUCCGUGUGGUCCGGGAGCAUUAUUUGAGGGAGCGGGUUCCGUGCUACAGCUCCCUGUGUCAGGCGGACUGUGACAACGAGGGUAAGGUGCUUCCUGGAGAUCUGACCCAUUACGUGAUUCCUGAUGUCGGGAUCGUCCUGGACUUUCUGGAGAUCCUGGAAUUCAGAGAAAUCCAGGGAAUCAUCUUCACACAGACGGCGUGUCAGGCUGUGCAGCACAACAAAGGAAGAAGGCAGUACAACCGUCUGCGUAACCUGCUGAAAGACCCUCGUCACGACUGUGUGCUGUUUGCCAAUGAGUUCCAGGAGUAUUCGUACUGCCCCCGAGAGAAAGGAGAGAGCCAGGAGAAAUGGCAAACCAGAUGCGUGUACUCCGCCGCAGUCUGGUAUUACAAUCACCUGGCCGGGCUUAAGGACGUGGUGAUGGUCACGGACGACUCGGAGGCUGUGGAGCAGUACAAAAGCCUCAACUCUGGGGUCUACGUCAUCUCAAUGCAGGAAUAUCUGCAUAACUUUUGGUCGGACGUGAGCGCCGCCCAUGAACUGUACAGCUCCAUCGUCCAGGCUGUGCAGGAGAGGGAGAGCGAGGGGUCGGAGCGGGAGUACCAGGAGCACCUGCCCGCCGAGAUCCUGGAAGCCGGGAUCAAGUCUGGGAGAUACACGCAGGGUAUUCUCAGCGUGAAUAAGCACCGAGCCCAGCAGGAGGCGUUGGUCACCACACAGGGCUUCUCCAACAAGAGCACAGACCAGAGCCGGGACGUUCUGGUGUUCGGGGGUAAGAAUCGUAACCGGGCGGUGCACGGGGACAGCGUGGUGGUGGAGCUGCUGCCUCACAGUGAGUGGAGAGGAAGGGCCACAGCUCUGACCGAAGUCCAGGGAGAAGAGAAGGGCACGGACGACCAGAGCAGCCAACCUAUGCCCACUGGUCGUGUGGUUGGGAUCCUGCAGAGAAACUGGAGAGACUAUGUGGUGACGUUUCCUCCUCGAGAGACUCAGAGUCAGAGCAGAAACUCCCAGAAGAUCCUGACCGUGCCCUGGGAUCACCGCAUCCCCAAGAUCCGCAUCAGCACCCAGCAGGCCGACACGCUACAGGAUCACAGGGUGGUGGUGCGUAUCGACUCAUGGGACAGCACCUCUCUGUAUCCAAACGGACACAGCGUCAGAGUCCUGGGCCGAGCCGGAGAACUGGAGACCGAGGUCCAGACCAUCCUCAUCGAGAACUGCAUCAGUGUCCCUCCUUUCUCUGAGGCACAGCUGAGAGAGAUGCCGGUGGUGUCCCCUGAUCGGCCCUGGACCCCUGACCCGGAGCAGGUGAGCGCGCGCAGGGACCUGAGGCAGACUCACCUGGUGUUCAGCAUCGACCCCAAAGGCUGUGAGGACGUGGACGACACUCUGUCUGUGCGGCGUCUGCCCGAGGGGGGGCUGGAGCUGGGGGUCCACAUCGCAGACGUCACCCACUUCGUCAAAGAGGGGUCCCUGACCGACCAGGAGGCGCGCGCACGGGCGACCACGUAUUACCUGGCGGACCGCAGAUACGACAUGCUUCCUGAGGUGCUGAGUGCAAACCUCUGCUCACUGCUCGGAGGAGUCGACAGAUACGCCAUGAGUGUUUUGUGGGAGCUGGACUCGGAGUCUCUGGAUGUACAGAGCGUGUGGUUUGGGCGAACUCUGAUCCGCUCGUCCUAUCAGCUCCACUAUGAACUCGCCCAGGCUCUGCUGAACGGAGAGGACGCCGCUGUACCGGAGCUGACCCGGCUCGACCCAGAGGAGCAGAGUCAGAGGCUGGCCCACCUAAACCAGGCUUUAGAAACUCUGACUCAUGUGGCACGACACCUGAGAGCAAAGAGGGACAGAGGGGGCGCUCUUGAGCUGGAGGGAGUGGAGGUCCGAGCUCAGUUGGAUUCAGAGAAGAACAUCACAGCCCUGGUCCCUCGUCAGCCUCUGGAGGUGCAUGAGACUGUGGCCGAGUGCAUGAUCUUCGCCAACCACUGGGUGGCGCGCAAGAUCCAGGAGUCCUUCCCCCACCAGGCCCUGCUCAGACACCACCCCCCUCCCAGACAAGAGCACUUCAGUCAGCUGCAGGAGAGCGCCAGGGCCCGGGGCUUCACCAUAGACACCAGGUCUAAUAAAUCCCUUGCAGACUCCCUGGAGCAGGCUGUGGACGUUCAGGACCCUGUGGUGAAUCGUCUGCUCAGGAUGAUGGCGACUCAGGCCAUGUCCCAGGCCAUGUACUUCUCCACUGGAGCUGUGCCCGCCGAGCAGUACUACCACUACGGUCUGGCUCUGGACCGGUACACUCACUUCACGUCUCCCAUCCGCCGUUACGCCGACGUCAUUGUGCACAGGCUCCUGAUGGCGGCGCUGGACCUGGAGCGAGGCCUCAGCUCCGCGGUGGCCUCCAACCGAGAGCUAGAAGAGACGACUCAGCACAUCAACAACAGGAACAGGGCAGCUCAACACGCUCAGAAGUUGUCCACCGAGCUGUUCCAGUGCCUGUUCUUCAGAGACAGAGACCCCGAGUCUGACCCGAGCUGCGUGUCUGACGCUGUGAUCUACGCCAUCAGGGACAACGGCCUCCUCGUCUUUGUGCCACAGUACGGAGUGAAGGGCCCGGUGUACCUGAGGAGCAGAGAGGGGGAGGUUCUGACCUUUGGAGCCGACGGUCUCAGCGAGUGGAGCAGCGGAACAGUGAAGAGACACUCAGACCACAUCACCACCUCCUCUGUGAGCGGGAGCGCCACCUUCAGGCUCUUCCAGCACAUCACAGUGCGUAUCUCGGUGCAGUCAAACCGUUGCCACGCCGACUCUCUGAAACUGGAGGUGCUCAGAGACACGCCUCACGAGACCCCGAACCCAGACCUGGCCCAGACCCAGUCCAAGGUCCAGCUGAUCCGGGAGGUCCAGAGACAGGCCGAGGAGUCCCUGCAGAAGGCUUCGCUCAGACCCAAACUGUCCCGGGAGGAGAGGCAGUACAGUCAGAGCAAACAGCCAAACCUGUACUCUCUGCUGGAGGAGAUCAGGGAGCUGUCUCUGCUGGACGACGAGGCCAGUGCCAAGAAGUUCUGCGCCACCACGGCUUAAGGAGGAACUGUGGGUCUAUAUUACACUGUGUUCUGAUUUGUUAAAAAGUUUCUUCAUCAAAAACAGACCCCGAGAUGUUUUGCUUCAUUCACAUUUUUUUAAAAAGCCACACAUAUUUAGGAGGUUUUUUUUUUUUUAUCUGCAAACAGAAAACUUGUGACACCCUGUGAUGUCAUGUGGAGAAGAGGUGCUUCACUGUGUUAUUAGGUUCUUUUUUCAGACUAAGAGUUUGUUUUCAUACCUGACAGUUUCAUGGUCUUUCUCAGAGUCACGUGAUGUUGCUGUGACUUUGACUGGCCUGUGAUUUAAACAUGUUUUGGCGCCGUCUUCUAACUGGUGGAGGCAGGACGACAGCGCCAUCUGCAGUCCGACUUGCACAGGACAGUAUCCCAGGUGUGAGAGUAAAAAAGCCCCCUCGUCCCAGUUUAUAGUCUCGUGGGCAUGUUUUCGUAUUUCGCUUGACUCUUUAAUCCAGGGGUGUCAAACUCAUUUUGGUCCGGGGGCCGUAUCCAACCUACUUUGAUCCCAAAGGGGCCGGAUCAGAAAACUCCUGGCAUAUAAACCCUAUAAAUAACAAUAAGUUCAAAUAUUUGUGCAGAGAAACACAAAUCUAUUGCAGACAUAUUUUUUAAUUGACUCUUUCGUUUAUAAAAGAUUAUAUUAUGACCAACCUGAAACCUUAAGAAAGAUGCCAUUUCAACACAAUGUUUUAACAUUAACUUGUCUGCAAAUAGGAAUAAGUCCAUUUGUUUUGGAAAAUCCUGCUCUCAGUGUCCACUUUUCUCGUUUUUGACAUUUUGCUGAUGAGGGUGUCACGGUCAACAGUCAAAACGAUCGUCCUUUAAGAGCGUUUGGAAAGAGACAAGUCUUCAUUUGUGCUGCUCUGGUGGGAGGGGCCACGUACAGAGACGCCAGAGACGCUGCUGUGAUAAACACCACAGAAAAUUACCAAUAUUUUAAUAGAAAAUAUAAAUAAAAUAUUUUAGUAGAAAAUAACAUAAAUUAUCAGAAGACCAGAUGAACCUCAUUGGACUGGUGCUUCACUGUUUUUAAACUCCAUACACCUUCACUAGAAUCAUUUGGAUGAUUUCAGCCCUGGAAUUGCUACUUUUUACUGAACUAAAGGUAAACUAAAUUUGUACGUGGUGUUUUAGUAGCAUUAUCUGCUGCAUUUUUGGCAGCUUUAGUGCAAAUUAAGUAAACUUUGCUUUAUUUUGAAGAGACAUGAUUCACCCGCUCACUUUGACCAGCAGAGGGCACCAGCCUCGAAUCCCAAUGUUUGAAGGGACAAACAUUGGGAUUAAUUUUAAUUACUUGCUCAGAGGAUUUUUUCGAAACAUAUACAGUAUUAAGUUUUGAAACAUGAAAUAUUGAUGCUAUGAUGUGUUACAUUUUUAAUAGAAACCAGGUUCUGUAAGAAUAAUGUCUACUGCUUCUAUAUACCUCAGAAUGAUACAAUAUUAAGCACUGAUGUUUUGGUCGCAAACAUUUUAAACAAAACAAGAUUUUAACUUUUUAUUACUGUAUAUGUACCAAAACCAAACAUUUUAAUCCUUAGAAUCAUGUUUACAUUUUUGUUCCAUUGACGGGUGCAGAAAGUUUUCUUAAUUUAGUUUUUUACCAGAGGUUUAAUGAAUUAAAGUAGCUAAAGGUAAAUCUUAAUACUCAGCUGGUGGUCACAUGGGGCUGCCAAACCUGCUUUUAACAUUUUUGAAAAUGUAAAUUAUUUUGACGAAUAAACCAUUUUUAGAAAA